AUGUCAAGCAAUCUUAACUAUCGUGUGGUCAUUGUUGGAGGUGGUAUCAUCGGUUUAACAACAGCAUGUACACUUCUGAAAGAGUAUGCAGCGAUUGACAAUCUCCAAUUGACUAUUAUUAGUGAGACAUUUUCACCAGAGACAACGGGUGAUAUUUCAGGAGGAUAUUGGGAACCGUAUGGUGUGAAUUUGAAUGAUCAACGUAUACUAGAUUGGGCCCGUUACACUUACAAUAUAUUUAUGGAAGAAUUUUUUUCAACGAAAGCUGCUCGAGCUGGUGUUAUGAAAUUGUCGGGUUAUAGAUUAAAAAGUCUAGAAGGUCAACAGGCGAGCGAUAGUGAUGAUUUUAUCAAUCCUCCAUUUUUGCCACUUGUUCUACAUUAUCGAGUAUUAAGCCAUCCUGAAAUUCGUAUGUUCGAUCAUUUAGGAUCGGUCAAAGGCUUUGUCAUGUCAUCAGUGGUUGUCGAAGUUCGACAAUAUCUUCCACAAUUACAACGCUUUUUGGAGCAAGAUCCACGUGUAAAAUUCAUCAAGAAGAAAAUACAUUCAUUGAGCGAGUUAAAAAAUGAAGUAGAUAUUGUUAUUAACUGUAGUGGCUUAGGUGCUAGAGAUCUAGUUGGUGAUCUGACGAUUCGACCAGCAAGAGGACAAAUUAUACGAGUUUAUGCUCCAUGGAUAAAAUCAAUGUAUUAUUUUGAAACACUAAAUGAAGGCGUAGGUUACAUCAUUCCACAAUCAGAUACCGUUGUCUUGGGUGGCACAUUUCAGCUGGACGACUGGAAUACAACACCAACAGAAAACGACACACAUCAUAUUUAUCGUAUGUGUGCAAAAAUUUUACCAGCUCUCGAACAAAUACAAGAUGGUCGGGAGCAAGUAGGUUUGCGACCAUAUCGAAAUGAUGGUGUACGUCUUGAACAUGAACGAAUCAUGGACGGUAUUGAUGUCAUACAUUGUUAUGGUCAUUCCGGUGCAGGAGUAACAUUAUCGUGGGGUUGUGCAAAAGAUGUUGUCGAGAUUGUUAAGACUCUCUUACCGAUUGAUGUGCAACGACCAUCAGAAUUACCAGAACACGAGCAGUUGUGGCGUUUGGUACCAUAA